AUGACUCUAUCUCAGCGUCUUUUGGUCGCUGAUGCUCAUAGGAUGAUUCGUGAUGAAGACGCCGAUCGUGUUGAAGUCGGGAGCAGUGAUGUGAGCGGAAGUGAGGAUAGAGGGAGAGAUCAAGGCGAUACUGCGACUGGUUCCGAACAUGGCGACGCUGAUGAGUCUGAUCGUCGUGGGGGGAACGUGUUUGGAUCUUCUGCUUCUCAUCAUACCGUGAGGGAUCUGUUAAGGGCGAGCGGCGGUGCUGGCGUUACUUACAUCAUUCCGUCUGCCGAGCAGCAUCCCGGAUCGGCUCCGGUCGGUUACCAAUGUGUGUAUGAGUCCUAUUUCGGGGAUCAUACGAAGCUAUGGUUCCCGAUUCCUCGGUUAGUGACAUCCUACGCAUUCCGCCAAGACAUUUCCAUCUCUCAACUUUUGAACGGGUCGCUGCGAAUAGCCGUCAUGCUAAUGGUAAUGGCAGCUGAGAUGGACAUCUCGAUGAGCGUGAGGGUCUUCGAGGAGUUGACUUUCACGAAGGCGCAGCCAAACGGGAUCUUCUCGGUGAAAAUGCGUUUGAACUACAACGUCUUGACCGUUCGUCAUCCGAAUACGAUCGCCUACCCCGAGAAGUUUUUCGAAAGUGCUCAACCGAUCGCGGCGCAUAGUCAUCUUCGUUGGCCGGAUCUUAGUCGGGAGUGGAUACGUCGUCAGCAAGCUAGGAUCGCUAGAGUUGAUUGGGAGUCGAGGCUUCCUUGCGUUCUCGGUCCUCGUAAGUCGCGCCUCCCUUUGUUUACUCGCAAACAACAGAGACUUCUCGACAAAGCCAUAGAAAUGGACGGAGUUCUGGAUCUAAGCGCUCUGUUGAAAGGAAAGUUGCAGCUGCUCACGAAGAAGUCGACUACAGUCGAUCCUCAGGGACCGUCUAACUCCGGAGUUGACGUCACUUCCGAAGGUGGUGGAACCUCCCGAGAAGGAGCCUCCAGAGAAGGAGCCUCCAGAGAGGAGGGCCCUAUUGCAACCGACCAGGGGGGCACGGCAGAGACUUCUGCUUCUGGUCCCAAGAAGAAGAAAAAGACCAAAAGGACUAAGGUGGGAGCGACCGACGAGGUUCCUCCCGAAGAGUCUGCUCCCCUCGAUGCGACUUCCGAGGGUUCGAAGUCCAAAAAGAAGAAGGAUGGGAGAAAAAGGUCUCGUGGCGGGGCAGAAGGGCAAGAGGCCGUUUUAGUCGGGGCGGCAUUAGAUGGUCACCCGAGGAAGAGAACUAAGAGCUGUGCGGAGCUGAUGCGUGAAAUUCGUGGUGGGACGAAGGAGAUGCCGCAAUUGGAAGACCUUUACUUCAAGAAUGAAUACAUCGACGCUGCUUCCUCGAGAGCGCGGAGUGACGGGAGCAUGAACUUUCUUGUUGAGAAAUACGACAGCGCCCUGAAGCAGACGAUGAUCCAGUUGGGAUCUUCGGACAAGCUCGCUCAAGCAAGAUUGAAGGCCAUUGAGAGGGUAAGGGCUGAGCAUAAGAAGGCUAACGAGAAGGCUGCGAAGGAGAAAGAAGUUCUUCGAGUGAAGUUCGAAGAGCUGGAGGGUAAGCUCAAAUCCGCCGGCGCGGCCAAGAAAGAGCUUGCCCGAGAGAACACCCGUUUGGAGCAAGCGACUGCGACCCUUGAAAAGGAGAAGACUGAGCUACUCGAGGAAAGGGACGCUGCGGUUGAGAAAUUGAUCAGAGAGAGGCAACGCUUGAGAGACUCCCGGGGACUCGAGGUUACUCGUGAGAGGGAAAGGGUCAAAGCUGCUAUGAUCGAGAAGGCAAACCGCUGCUUUGGUCACGUGCGCGACCAUUUAACUCACUUGGACGCCUUUGGGAAAGUGAAGAAUCUGUACGGUCAAGCUUUGGGGACGAGGAAGUGCUUCGAGAUGAUAAAGGCAAGUGGGACGGAGAUCCCGCAAGAAAUGAUCGACGUUUUUGCCGAGCAGGAGAAACUCUACGAGGCAGAGGCUACGAAAUUUUGUGUAGGUCCGCUGUCUGAUAGCGACCUCACUCUUUCUCCGCUGGUUCUCCCUUCUCGUUUCGUCGAGGACAAGUUUAGAGCGUCGUUUGAUCAUUAUGGAUCGAACGUAGAUUUGAUCGGACCAGGGAUGGUUUCUCAGCUCAUCACCUCGCUCGAAAUUACCGAGGAUCCAUCGGAGGAGCCAUUGGUCGAUGUCACGUCGGUCCCGGCCGAGCGCGUCGGGGUCCCGGAGGGAGGUGGUCCUGGUGAACCUCCAGAGAACGAGAACCUGGAGGAGGUCCCCGGGAGGGAGAACCUUGAGAUAGGCAACACUCCGGUUCGAGAGGAAGAGGCCGGGAACGUGGGCAUCGAGGAUCCUGUCCUCGUCUUGGAUUCUUCUUCUGAAGGAUGA